AUGGUGCCAAAAUUCUACCAGCAUGCCCUGACCAUGGUGUUUGCCAUCCAUGAGAUCAACAAGAAUCCCAAAAUCUUGCCCAAUGUCACCCUUGGUUUCCAUGUCCUUGACAGCUAUUCGAAUGCAAGGAUGACCUAUCGGACCACCCUGGACCUGCUCUUCAAAUGGCAGAGAUUUGUUCCCAAUUAUGAGUGUGAUGGGCAGAAAAGUCUCCAAGCGGUCAUUGGGGGGCUUGGCUCCGACACCUCUGUCCUUCUGGCUGACAUCUUAGGACUCUACAAAAUUCCUCAGGUGCUUCCCAUUUCUGUUUGCAACGAGUACUGUCAUCCUGGCUUUCAGAAGAAAAGUAAGGAAGGAGAAAAAUUUUGUUGUUAUGGUUGCACUCCAUGUCCAGAAGGAAAGAUUUCAAACCAGACAGCCUGGGUUUUUGGAAUUGUGGUGAAGCACAGAGACACCCCCAUUGUCAAAGCCAACAACCGGGACCUCACCUACACUCUCCUCAUCUCUCUCCUCGUCUGUUUCCUGUCUUCUUUGCUCUUUCUUGGACGACCUGGAAAGCUGAGCUGCCUCCUCCAGCAGCCGGCCUUUGGCAUCAUCUUUUCAGUGGCUGUUUCUUGUUUAUUGGCCAAAACCAUCACUGUGGUCGUGGCUUUCAUGGACACCAGACCAGGAUCAAACACGAAGAAAUGGCUGGGGAAAAGGACAGCAAAAUGCAUUGUUCUCUCCUGCUCCUUGGUUCAAGUAGGAAUUUGUGCCAUGUGGUUAAUAAGGUCUCCUCCGUUCCCAGCAUUUGACAUGCAAUCUUUCAUGGAAGAGAUCAUUGCAGAAUGUAACGGAGGCUCUGUUGUCAUGUUUUACCUUGUCCUGAGCUAUAUGGGAUUUUUGUCCCUCGUGUGCUUCACGGUGGCUUUCCUAGCCAGAAAGCUGCCAGACAGUUUUAAUGAGGCCAAGUUCAUCACCUUCAGCAUGCUGGUCUUCUGCAGUGUUUGGGUGUCCUUCGUCCCCACCUAUUUGAGCACCAAAGGGAAACACAUGGUCGCUGUAGAGAUUUUUUCUAUCUUAGCUUCCAGUGCUGGUCUCCUGAUUUGCAUCUUCGGUCCCAAAAUAUACAUGAUUCUGUUGAGGCCUGAGCUGAACACCAAGGAACAGCUUAGAAGGUGGAAAAAGGAGUAA